AUGGGUGGCGUUUUGCUUGUUCUUGUUUUUUCGACUUUCAGUCAUGUUCUUCAUUGCAAGCAACUACAGCAGCCCGAACCAACCCUCGUGUAUCCCGCGUUCCUCGAAGGCCGAGGGUUGUCCGGAAGUCGCGUCCUCAAGAUCAACGAGGACAUUACGCUAAACCUGAAGAAAAGUUCUGUCCUAGCCGACGAGUUUCUAGUGAGGAGCUACGUUGACGGCAUUCGCAAGCACACAUAUAUGAAUGGGUCUUAUCUAGAAGAGGACCUGUUCCAUGACGAGGAUGCAAUGGCAUCCGUCACCAUAUCGGAUGAGGAAGGGCUACAAGUGGAAGGAAUGAUCGGAAACAAGUUAAGAAUAGUGCCGGCGCUUGAGCAGGAACGGUCAUCUGAUGGCCGCGUUGCCCAUUGGCUACAUGAGAUUCCCGACUCACACGAAGGUCUUCACAAUGACUAUGUGAUGCCCGAGAGAUCCUACCAAAACGUUACAGAGCGUGCGGGGAAAUUUGAUGUCUACAAGGUCGAAAAAAUCUAUCCAGAAUUAUUUGUAAUAGUUGACUCAGUAUUUCGCCAUAAAUUCAAGACAGAGAAGGAAAUGCUCAAAUAUCUAUGGCGCACAUUCAAUGCGGUGAACUUAAGAUACCUGAGCAUUGACCAUCCGAAAGUGCAGUUUAAAUUUAGGGGACUAGAGAUACUUACGCGGGAAAAAGAAAGAUUCUUGAAAAUCAAGACUAACGUGCACAACGGAAUAGAUGGAGUACAGUCAGUGUACAACCUGAAGGAUUUCGUCAAUAAAAACAAGAAGGACUACGGUGUCUAUGACAUAGUCUACAUGGUCACUGGGAGGGACAUGUAUGUACAAGAAGACAAUGGCAAUAUGGGGUUCGCGUUUGUUGCAGCAGUGUGUGGAGAGAGAAAAGUGGGUUUAGGUGAAGACCAGGCCUACACUUAUAUAGGAGUGCGUGUCAUGACUCAUGAACUUGGACACGUAAUGGGAUGUCCUCACGACGGCGAUCCCGGACCCCCCGAACUUGGAGGUCCCGGAUCUAGAGACUGCCCUUUUGGCGACGGAUACCUCAUGAGCUACAACACGGACAAUCUCAACCAAUUCAGAUUCUCCAAGUGCUGUAACUACUUGAUGAGCCUCAUGUCCUGGUCGCCUCUAGGAAAAUGCCUCCACGAGAAAAACGCCAAAUCUACACUAGACAAACUGACUGCUAGGUUGCCCGGAGAGGUUGUGUCGAGAACAAAUCAAUGCAAGAUGGGAUUUCCAGACUUGUACGACACCUACUUCAUGGAGAAUAUGGGAGUUAAAAAUUGCGAAAUGCAGUGUUUUAUGCCGAGACGAGUAUACGGCUACGACACGCACUUAGGACUUUACGUAACAGAUGGCACACCAUGCAAUGACAAGGGAUAUGUCUGCAUCAACGGCGACUGCCGGAAGAAAGAAAAGAAAUAUUACAACUAAGUUGAAAAAGUAUAAUCAAAAUAUAUUUGGACGACGAAUUUUGAUUCUUUACCUGGUGUGAUUCACCCAUGAAAAUAGCAUGUUUCAGAUAUUAUAAGAAUUUAGAAAAUAAAAAAAAAUAAUUGAAGCGGUA